AAUUUGAACCACGCUUACUCUGAUCACAAGUCACAAUACUAAAACAAAAGCAAAUUCAAAAUGCAGAGUGCUUUAACCUUUGCUUCCCCUGUUGUUAUGCCAUUGGCACCUUCAAAGAGUGUCUCCCAAGUAACCACCUUCCCUACCAAAUUAGCUUCCUCACUUUCUUCACCUCAUAGGGUUGCAGCCAAAGUUGCAACCGUUAACUAUGACACUUCAACAGUAGAUUACAGCUCUAUGUUCUCUGUGUUUCCGGCGGAAGCUUGCGAAACCGUCGGAGGGGACGCAUGUUUGGCAGAGAUGUAUCCUGAAGCGAGGGUUCAGCCGGAGGCUCGGAACGACAAACCUCAAGUUGCUUCAGAAAGUGUUGAUAGAGAGUAUCUUGAAUACAAUGAUCCCAAGACGGUCUUUCUUGGAGAAGCUUGUGAUGAACUCGGAGGAAUGUUCUGUGAGCACGAGUAUCAGAAGGGUGUCUACUAGGACAUAGAAAAACCCCUCUUUUUGCAAUGACUACUACAAAUCUACAAUGUGUUGUAUAUAUAUGAUAUGAUAUGUAGCAUUUAAUAAUAUAGAUCUCAAGUUUGCAAUUUUCGUUUUCGACCUAAAUGAUAGAAGCUUAGAA